AUGACAGUUGGAACCAUUGCAAUUGUUGCCAGCGUAUGUGGCUGUGUAACCGUAGUUGUAAAUCUGAUAUCUUCACCAUGUAUCCGUGAAACUGUGACGAAGCGCUACCAUUUUUUCAAGAAACGCAGAGAAAGACUAGAGAUUUUAGAGAGUAAACGGAAUGAUCUGGGACGACAAUUGUAUGAAGUAAAACGACAGUCCAGGGGCAAGGUGGUGCUCAAGUCAUUCAAAAACUCCGAGUGGCUGAAAACGGCAAAGAAUCUGAUGAAAGAUGCUAAUCCGUUGCGUUUUCGAGAGCAAAUAAGUGACAUUAAUCCUUUCUAUGAACCACUAAAUUGUUUUUCACAGUACAAUGCUGGGAAAGAAAUUGAAGAUUUCAUUGGACGGUUGGAUGCAGUGCAUGAGGAGGGCAAAGAUUUCCUCCUCGUGGACGAAUCGGUUGUGGUGGGACGGCUGAGAGGCAGCAGAACAAAGCUUUUGGGAGAGGCAGAAAAUAAGAUCAAAGAGAUUAAGGGGUAUGUAACAGGGAAGGAUUUUCAGACGAUACGUGUUCAUGGAAUGCCUGGUUCGGGGAAGACUGAAAUUGUAUCUGCAGUCAACGACAGCAUACUGAAUGACUACAGUAUGGCCUCAUCACCACCGUCCACGUUACCAAUUACCGGUAACAGCACGAAGGAUCACUUUGAUAAAGUCAUUUGGGUAACUGUGGAGCACAAAGGAACUGAAUCACCCAUUGAUAACUUGCAAAACAAAAUUGCAGAGCAACUAAAAAUCGACUUGAAAACUGCUGGCGGGAGUAGGGCAGACACACUGGCAAAUGAGCUGAAGGAGUUAACGUUUCUGAUCAUUUUAGAUGAUAUGCGGAAUGAUUUCCCUCUCAAGUCAAUCGGGAUUCCAGUGCCAACCCUGGAAAAUGGCUGCAAGAUCAUAAUCGUGUCGAGAUCACUUCCCGUGUGUCCCGACAUCAGAAUUGGUAAAUAUGUUAAGAUCCAGCCUCUACCGAGUGGAGAGGCGCGAACGUUGUUUGAGAUCGAAGCUGGCAUUGAAUUGUCAAAAUUAAGGGAAGAUAUUCAAGCUAAUGCAAAGAAAAUGAUAGAUGAAUGGGAAUGUUUGCCCUUUACCAUCAUCUGGCUGGCACAAACCUUGAAAGAAUUGAAGAACAAUGACGGUUCUCAUGUCAACGAUGUUGUUGCAUGGAAUGCAACAUUUGACAUGUUAAAAGAGUCUCCUGAUAUCUUGGAUGGCAUGAAUGAAAAAGCAUUUAAUCGUCUAAAAGACAACUACGAUGCGUUGAACAAAGAAACUCAGAAUUGUUUUCUCUACUGUGCAUUAUACCCAAGUGGUCAUCUGAUUGAGACAAAGGAAUUAGUCGAGUAUUGGUAUUGGGAGGGUUUGAUCAACCGCAAUGAUAGAAGCGGACACAUAGAAGAUAUGGGACAAGCAAAAAAGAUACUCCAUGAGCUCUUAAGAGCACACCUUGUGGAAAAAGUAGACAGUCCUCAAGAUCAACAAGGCCUUCCUGCUGUGGAAGGCAAACACGACAUGAUCAAGAUGCGCAACUUAGCUAGGAAAAUGGCAGUCCAUCUUACCAGCCCUGGUCAGUUUCUCAUCAAAGCUGGCGAGAAGCUUCCCCACGCGCACUUGCCCUUGCAACCGGGAAAGUACUUGUUUGGAUUAGAGAGAGCCUCAUUGAUGACAAAUAAGAUUCUAGCAAUUAUGGAACAGCCCAAGUUUUCCAAGCUGUCCACAUUACUUCUGCAGAACAACCCCAUCAUUCAUUUACACGACAAUUUCUUUUGUAAUAUGCCUAACCUCAAAGUUCUUGACCUUUCUCAGACCAACAUCUCUACCCUUCCACAGUCAGCCUCGUGCUUGAAAAAUCUAACGGCACUCCUUCUGCGCAAUUGUCCCUACUUGAAAGCCCUGCCUUCUUUGGAAAACUCUGAGGAACUUCUUCUUCUUGACCUUUCUGAUACUCCCAUAACAAAAUUGCCCGAUGGAAUGAAGAAACUAACUAAGCUCAUUCGCCUAAACCUGUCUCGUACAUGUGUGGGAGAAUUUCCAGCGGAAGUUGUGCAUGCAUUAGUCAGUCUAGAAGAAGUGUUGAUGAUAACUAAUGAUGACUCUGCCACAGGUUCUUUGUUGAACGGAGCAAGUAGUAUUGAGAAGCCUGGAAUCCUUAGCCGCUUAGCUAUUCUUCAGGCCAAGUUCCCAGAUGCAGAAGACUUUAACAGAUAUGCUGUUUCCAAGACUCAUCAUCUAUACAAAUUGAAAGUCUGCGUGGGUGAUGUUUCUUGUACUCAUGAAACAAAGUUUCGCAAAAACAGCGUACUUUUCAUCCAAAGCGACUUCCAUGUGAAAGGACAACCAAUCACACUCCCAGGAGAGACAUAUGAGCUGCAUGUAAUGAGAAAUUUGGAUCUACAUUGGUUGCCAAGUUAUAGUCUAGAUAGUUUGAAGGUCAUCAAUAUCUCUGGCUGUGAGAGUUUGGUCUAUUUAUUCAAGAGGGACACGUUGUACAACCUUCCAAACAUCGAAACAAUCUCAGUUGAAAAAUGUCCGAAGAUGAAGGCGCUAAUAGAGUCCAAAGGAGACAGCGGCGAAGUACUUCCAUUUCAGCUUCAACCUCAUCUGGAUCACCUAGAAGUCAUCCAUAUCUCGGACUGUGAAAACUUGGUCUACUUAUUCAGGAUUGAGAUGUUGCAAUCCUUGUCAAAACUCAAAAAAAUUUCCAUCAGGCGACGUCAAAUGGACAAAUACAAUGAGGCAAAAGAGCCCAAAGAGUUGGUUUUGGUUGAUCCACUUGAACUGAACAACAACGGAUAUAAGGGAGAAAUAAAGGGCAAUAAUCCUGACCAGGAGCAAACCAUUUGCUUUCAUGAACUGAAGAUGGAGAUCAUAACUUCUCACCAACCCAAUCCAAGGUUAGUCUUUUGUUUGCACAUCAAAGUUUAA